AUGGUUGUUGCGAUGAAGGCCGGGACGACGCAGGGGACACCUGAGAAGAGGCCAAUGCGCUCCGUCACAGAGUACAUCAGGUCCCCUGCCCAACUCAAUCAGAUCAAGUCCGAAGCCGGGAAGCAAACGAAGCAGCAGACCGCGGCAAAGAACUUCUUCCGGAAGAAUGAGGCGCAGAUGGUUGCUGACCUAUUUCGCCCACGCGUCGAGCAAGAGUUGGAGGAAGAAGUGGAGACCUGGAAGGUCGUCGAUUACAUGGGUGACCUCACAAGGAAGGCCAUUCUGAAGGUGAUGAUCGGCGAGGACGAUUACGUCCACCUCUUUGCCACCAGGCCGACCCGCCAGGAGACCUGGUCCUGCCUCUACGCGCCGUACAAGACCGGAAAGUGCAUGAUGGACCAGUCGGAAGAGUACUACUUCGAGUUGCCGGAACGCCGAUUUUGCAGCGAGAGGUUCGACGUGAGCUCCUGCGCCACCGGAGACCUUUGCUCGAUGAUGUGA